AUGUGUAACCACAUUUUGAUUCAGAUUGUUUCGGUCAAGGUUAUCCGCAAUAAGCGCACUGGUCUAUCUGAAGGCUAUGGUUUUUUAGAGUUUCUUUCGCACGAUGUGGCUGAUAAAGUCUUGAAGAAGUUUAAUGGAACAUAUAUGCCGAAAACAGAUAGGCCUUUCCGUUUAAAUUGGGCCAGUUCUAGCACCGGUGAGGAGAAUGAACAUGAGAGCUCUAUUUAUGUGGGGAAUUUGGCGCCAGAUGUCUCUGAUUCUCUAUUACACAGCACCUUCUCAGAGAUCUAUCUGUCGGUUAAAGAUGCAAAAGUUGUCAUAGAAGCAUAUACUGGUAGAUCAAAGGGUUUUGGUUUUGUGAGGUUUAGAGAUGUAAACGAGAGGACCAAAGCAAUGACAGAAAUGCAUGGCGUAAAAUGUUCAAACAGAGCUAUGCGAAUAGGUCCCGCAACACCUAGGGAGACAAUAAGUUAUCCACAACAAGGUUUUUUCCGACUUUCCAGUCUGGCAGGAAUGUACAUGACAAAUGGUGCAAUAACGUGUCCUUCUGGAGAUGCAACAAUAUUUGUUGGAGGACUUGACUCUAGUGUCACUAGCGAAGAUCUAAAGCAACCUUUCUCUGCAUUUGGGGAAAUAGUCUCUGUCAAAAUUCCUCUUGGCAAAGAAUAUGGAUUUGUUCAAUUUGUUAAUAGACAAAAUGCAGAGGCAUUGAAGAAACUAAAUGGGACUGUAAUUGGAAACCAUAGAGUUCGGCUUUCUUGGGGACAAUAUAAGCUGCCUAGAUAUAAUUAUGGAAAUCAAUGGUCUGGGGCAUACUAUGUAGGACAGCAUUAUAAUGGGUAUGGAUACAUGGUACCGCAACCUCAUGACCCGAUAAUGUAUGCAGUUGCACCUUAUGGAGGGUAUCCAGUGUAUGGCGGUCCCCAGGAAAGGAAACAAAAAGUGGCUCACAUUUUUUCUAUCCUUGGAAUUUAUGGUUUAUCUUGUAGUGAGAAAACGAGUUUUGAUGAAAACUGUAGCAAUAAUUUAAGAGAGACUUGGAUUUGGUAG